AUGCGUGUUGCUAUUGUCCUCUCCCUUGCGGCCAUGUUGUUCUCGGUGGUGUCGGCGGAGUCGCUGUGCUUCGGACGUCCAAGCUUCCUUGGUUCGACCUGCGCCGCUGAGUGCAGCGUCCGUGGCCACCACGGUGGAUCGUACUCCAACGGCCAGUGCUGCUGCGGCGCUUCGACCAAGCGCAGUGAAGAGACGCACACACAAGAGGAGGACCGCAAGAGUGCGGAAGAAUUCUUCGGUGGCAAGUUGUUGGUCGCAGACGAUGAUUCGCUCCAGGUACACAACGGACACUCCGUGAGCCGCGUCUCUUGCACUCUGUGCAAUGUGAAAGGAAUCAACGGUGGCGGUCUGUGCUGCAAGGCAAGCUGUGCGUCGGUCGGCAAGCCAGGUGGUUACUGCAGUGACGGUGUUUGCGUGUGUAAAUAA